AUGCCGUACUAUCGCGCCGACGGUUACUUGAUUCCCAUCGACGAGUCUCCGACCAGCGCCAACCGGAUCAAGAUCCCCAUGCGACUUCAGACGCCUCCAGGGUACCGCGGCACCGUCCACGCACUCUCGCAGGUCGACCCAUCCCUCUUCCGUCCAAUGUCCGCGCCUCCGACUCCUGAACCGGCCCCGGCAGACUAUCCGCCCUCGCAACGAUAUCACCUCUUCCUCGACGCACCCCGGGACCCGGCCGAACGACAGUCUCCGUUCACCAUCAAAAUCCCUCUGUUACCCUCUCAGGACGACUACCCCUCGACGCAAGCAUUGCGAAACUCCGACCCAUACCUCUGGUUCGACGAGGCUCUAUUUGAUUACCUCCACAUCACUUACCCUCUCGCCGACGGAUGGAGCAACAACAUCAACGAUCCGGCGACAUGUCUCCCCGGCCCCGAGGGAGGCGACGCACCUGAGUUGCCCACCGUCGACGAAGAAACGCACCUCGCCGAAUACGACCGCCUCACCAUCAACUACCCGACCUCCACCGAGCGCACAACGGUGACGCCGCCCCCGUCUAUCUGGCGCAACGAGCAAGACCCCAGUAGCGGCCCCGUACCAGCGUUCUCGCGCUCGGACACGACGACUCCUGCGAGCGAAGAACGUCCCCAAACCCCCGCCGGCCGUGGACGUAGCAUGUUCCGGGUCAUGUAUGACCGGAUAUGCGAGCUCACCGAGGCCACUCAGUUCACUGUGGCCGCGAUCGCCACGCUCCUCUCCAGCCACGCAUCGUUCUAUCGCACCGCCCGCACUCAGCACGAAGCCAUGCAAGCGGCUCUCUCGCAAGUUCUCGAACAGGUUGCAGCCACGUCCGACGCCGUCGCCGAAUACGCUACCGACCAUCGCAACUUCGUUGACCGACUCACCGGCGACAUACUCGACCUUCAGCUCGACAUCAACGCCAUCCGCACCAAUGUCGAGGCUUGGAACUGGACGCCAGAGGACGGCGACGAAGUAGACGUCGACCAUAUCCUCCGUUCCUCGUCAAGCUCCAGCUCGGACAUCGACAUAUCCGCCGCCGACUACAACGACCUCCAGCCGUGA